UAUCUGUUCAGUGUUAUGGUCAAGUCUCGUCCUUUGCCUUCCAUCAUUGAGUUCAGCAAACUGUUGAGUGCUAUUGCUAAGAUGAACAAGUUUGAUGUUGUCAUCUUCUUGGGAGAGCAGAUGCAAAAGCUGGGAAUUGCACAUGAUCUCUAUACUUACAGUAUUCUCAUUAACUGUUUCUGCCGACGCUCUCAGCUCUCUCUUGCUUUAGCUCUUCUUGGGAAGAUGAUGAAACUCGGUUAUGAGCCCAAUGUUGUCACACUUUCUUCUCUUGUCAAUGGUUUCUAUCACGGGAAUAGGAUUUCUGAUGCCGUAGCUUUGGUUGAUCAGAUGGUGGCAAUGGGAUAUCAACCUAAUACUGUUACAUUUAACACUCUUAUCCAUGGCCUUUUUCUUCACAACAAAGCUUCAGAAGCAGUGGCUUUAGUUGACCGGAUGGUUCAAAGAGGUUGUCAACCAGAUCUGGUUACUUACGGUGUGGUGGUAAACGGAUUAUGUAAGAGAGGUGAUAUUGAUUUGGCUUUAAAUCUGCUCAUGAAGAUGGAUGAAGGGAAAAUAGAGGCGAAUGUAGUCAUCUACAGCACAGUCAUCGAUGCUCUUUGCAAAUACAAACAUGUGGAUGAUGCACUCAACUUGUUCAACGAAAUGGAGAAGAAAGGAAUUAGAGCCAAUGUUGUUACCUACAGCUCCCUCAUUAGUUGCCUUUGUAAUUACGGAAGAUGGACUGAUGCCUCUCAACUACUUAGAGAUAUGAUUGAAAAGAAAACCAACCCCAAUGUAGUUACGUUCAAUGCAUUGAUCGAUGCCUUUGCAAAGGAGGGGAAGCUUCUAGAAGCUGAAAAGUUGUACAAGGAGAUGAUCAAAAGCAAGGAUUGCCUCCCAAAUGUAGUGACAUAUAAUACUCUCAUAAAGGGGCUCUGUAAGUCUAAGAGAGUAGAAGAAGGUAUGCAACUCUUCCACGAGAUGUCUCAAAUGGGAUUGGUUGGCAACACAGUCACUUACACCACUCUUAUCCAAGGGUUUUUUCAAGCUGGCGACUGUGAUUAUGCCCAAAUGGUAUUCAAACAGAUGGUUUCUGAUCGUGUGCCUGCCAAUCUUAUGACGUACAACAUAUUAUUAGAUGGGCUUUGUAAUAACGGGAAGCUAGAGACAGCAUUGGUCAUACUCAAGGACAUGCAAAAGAGUGAAAUGGAACUUGAUAUUAUUACAUAUAAUACUAUGAUUGAUGGGAUGUGCAAGGCUGGUAAGGUGGGAGAAGCGUGGGAUUUGUUUUGUAGCCUCAGCCAUAAAGGAGUUAAGCCUAAUGUUGUAGCCUACACAACAAUGAUCUCAGGAUUAUGUAGGAAAAGCUUAAUGCAAGAAGCGGAUGCCUUGUUCAGAAAAAUGAAAGAAGAUGGGAUUCUCCCAGAUAGUGGUACCUAUAAUACGCUGAUUAGGGCGCACCUUAGAGAUGGUGAACAAGCCGCAUCAGCAGAACUCAUCAACGAAAUGAGAAGUUGCGGGUUUGCUGGAGAUGCUUCGACCUUUGGCUUGGUGACUAAUAUGUUACAUGAUGGGAGAUUGGACAAAAGCUUCCUCGAUAUGCUUUCUUAA